UGGUAAAGGCCUUCGGGUCGAACAACCACUUAAGGAAUGAUGAUCUCCGAUCUGUAAAUCUGUUUUUGCAACGAACUGAAGUGAAGUAGAUAAGGAAAAUUAGAAGAAUUACCAGAAAUUUCGCAAAGAUUUGUGAGAAAUUAUUCUUGACUUCUGUGAUCUUAUCGAAUACUAUGCUAGCGUCAAAAUUUAGAGGAUGCAUGAUUGGUGCACUGAUGGGCGAUUGCCUUGGUGCUCCUUUCGAAGGUGAUAGUCGUGUAUCAAACAGAGUUUUAUCGAAUUAUUUUAAUAGUUUAACAUCUGGAGAAUCCAUUCAAAUCUUUCCCUAUACUGAUGACACUGCAAUGACGUUAUCAGUUGCAAAAUCCUUAGUUGAAAAUGGAACGUUAGAUCCCAAAGAUAUGGCUAAAAGAUUUGUAACUGAAUUCUACAACCAGCCUAAACGAGGGUAUGGAAUGAAUGUUGUUAAUGUAUUUAGAGCUUUAAAAGAGACACAUUUUGAAGAUGUUUUCUUACCUGCAACAUCACAGUUUAAUGGUUCUGGAUCCUAUGGUAAUGGUGCUGCUAUGAGAAUUGCUCCAAUUGCACUGUUUGGGAGUAAAAAAGGAGAAGAUUUCAUUAGGGUAAUUUAAUCAUUAAGAUUUAGAAAGU